CAAGUGGUACUUUUCUACCAUCUCAUUUCAAAAAUGAUCACCUUUACACCUCUGUCGGGGGCCGCCUGUUCACAGCGCACGACGCCUUUAGCUUAUUUGCUUCAGGUUGACGAUGUUACAAUACUUCUUGACUGUGGAUCUCCCGACUGGGUUCCAGAGCCCUCGACGUCAGCAACAACCGGGGACGACGUCGAAUGCCCGUGGGAAGCGUACUGCAAGGCAUUGAGAGAAUGCGCGCCCACCGUUGACCUUGUUCUUCUUUCUCAUGGUGACCUCGCACAUUCAGGCCUGUACCCGUAUGCAUAUUCUCGCUGGGGUUUGAAGGCUCCGGCAUAUACAACGUUGCCAGUUCAAGCAAUGGGCCGUAUCGCUGUUACUGAGGAUGUUGAUGGUCUUCGAGAUGAACAAGAUAUUGGUGACGAAGGUCUGUCUGUGAGUAAUGACAGCGAUGACGUGAACGCUGUACAAGAGCCGGAAACGCCCCCCUCUGAGGACGUCAAACAGAAGAGCAGGUAUAUCGCUACAUCACGAGAAGUACACGAUGCCUUCGACUCUGUCAAUACGCUUCGUUAUUCUCAACCCACUCAUCUACAAGGAAAAUGCCAAGGCUUGACAAUUACGCCGUACAAUGCAGGACACAGUCUUGGAGGAACGAUAUGGAAGAUUCGCUCGCCUUCCUCAGGCACAAUAAUAUACGCUGUGAACAUGAACCACAUGAAGGAACGACAUCUUGACGGAACGGUGCUCAUGAGGGCUGCAGGUAGAAUUUUUGAGCCUCUUUCCAGACCAGAUCUUCUCAUUACAGAUGCCGACCGCGCAUCUGUGCUCAUGAGUCGACGAAAGGAUCGUGAUGCUGCCUUGAUUGACACCGUCACCGCAACUCUUUCAUCUCGAUCAUCCUUACUACUACCUUGUGACUCCAGCACUCGCGUCCUUGAACUCUUAGUCCUUCUUGACCAGCAUUGGAAUUACUCCCGCCUAAGAUAUCCUAUAUGUUUCCUAUCAAGAACGGCGAGCGAAAUGCUCACAUUUGUUCGAAGUAUGAUGGAAUGGCUCGGGGGUACAGUCAGUAAGGAAGAUGUAGGUGAGGAUGGUACUGGUGGGCGUCAAGAUCAUAAACGCAAACGAGACGAUGAUGGUGACGAAGAUGCUCUCGGUGCCUUCGCACUAAGGUUCAGGCAUCUAGAAUUCUUCCCGAGUCCCCAGGCUUUGAUUCAGAAGUAUUCUUCGAAAGAUCCCAAGCUGAUACUGGCGGCCCCCGCCUCUCUUUCUCAUGGACCAUCCCGGCAUCUGUUCUGCGAUUUUGCGGCAGUCCCAGAUAAUGUGGUACUGCUAACUGGCCGCGGGGAGGAGGGCACUCUGGGCCAUGUCCUCUUCAACAAAUGGAACGACUCCCAACGACCGGACGAUAAGUGGGACAAGGGCAAAAUCGGCAGCAAUAUCAUGAUGGAUGGCGCUCUUAAGCUCCAGAUUAAUUCCAAAGUCCCGCUACAAGGUGCAGAACUGGAAGCCCAUCUGCAAAAGGAACGUGCUGCGAAGGAAAAAGAAGCUGCACAUCAGGCGGUCUUGGCGCGGAAUCAGCGAAUGCUUGAGGCGGAUGAAGAUGACAGUGACUCAGAUUCUGAAGAUGAAGAUGAAGACGAAGCUGAAGUUCGGAGAGCUCUAGGAGGAGAUUUGAUGGAUACGGAUGAUGACACAAUGGAUAGACGGCGGCGGAGCGACAAAGGAAUGGACGGCGAUUGGAUCGAUGGAGGAGACGAAGGCCUCACAAAACAAAUGUUAUCAUUUGAUAUCUAUCUGAAGGGCAACGUUUCAAAAGCUACGUCCUUCUUCAAAACUGUUGGAGGACAAGCGCAGCGAUUCCGGACGUUUCCCUAUGUUGAGAAAAAACGGAAAGUUGAUGAGUAUGGUGAGCUUAUUGAUGUAGGGAUGUGGUUGAGAAAAGGAAAGGUGUUGGAGGAAGAAGCUGAGAGUGAUGAAAUGAAGGAUUAUCGGAGGCGGCAGGCAGAAGAGGAUGCCAAAAAAGCACACCUGGAGCCCCCAUCCAAGUUUGUUACGUCGGAGGUGGAGGUCCAGAUGGCUUGUCGGUUGUUGUUCGUAGACAUGGAGGGUCUUAAUGACGGUCGCGCUGUGAAAACCAUUGUCCCAAAAGUCGAUCCGCGGAAACUGAUCAUUAUCCAUGCGUCGGAAAAAGACACGGAGGCUCUUCAAGAAAGUUGCGCCAACAUUCGAACCAUGACAAAAGACAUUUUCGCCCCCGCAGCAUUCACAAGUGUUAAGAUCGGGCACCAAAUCAACAGUUUCUCUAUUUCGAUCAGCGACGAACUGUUGGCGUCUCUUAGAAUGUCACGCUUCGAAGACAAUGAGGUCGGUUUUAUCACUGGUCGGGUCGUCACUCAUGCCACGUCCACGAUACCUACGUUGGAGACUAUAUCCGCUUCGUCAAGGCCUGCACCUAUGGACCAAGAUUCGUCUAUGCCUGCUGCUUCUCGUAUCCUCGGAUCUAGACCAAGCGAACCUUUACCGAGUUCUACCAUGAUUGGGGAGCUGAAGUUGACAUCGUUAAAACGUCGGUUGACAGAGGUCGGCAUUCAGGCGGAGUUGAUAGGUGAAGGUGUCUUGAUCUGCAGCAGAGGUGGCUCCUCUGAUAUGUUAGAGGAAUCCGUUGCUGUGCGCAAAACGCAACAGGGAAAGGUAGAGCUGGAGGGCGGUGUGUCAGGCAUAUAUUACACUGUUCGCGAGGAGAUCUAUGAUAUGCAUGCGCUCAUUGCCGCUUGAUUUAAGAUUAUCUGUGUUACUUUGUACCCAGUGUAGACUUUGCAUUAUGACAGAUUCUUAAUCGGACGCU